AUGGCACAUUCACUAUCUUCUAUAUCGGCCACAGCCAAUGUCACAGCCACCAUUUCACGCUCUAUCCGUUUCAGCAACACACAAUGUUCCUAUCAUAGGCUUCCAAAUCCACAAGCUCGCAGCAACGCUUGCAAUGAAUCCGAACCUAGCAAUCUCAUCUCACGCAGAUCAUUAGCCAUAUCCCAAUGUGGUGUGGCUCAAAAUUGCAGAAACACUGCCUUGAUCUUGACAGGGGUAAUGCUGGGAGUGAAUGUGGUUGAUCGGAGUGCGGAGGCAGCGGCAAGAAGGCCGCCGCCACCUCCACCGAAAGAGAAGAAGGACCCCAAUCUGAGUGGGGUUCAGGCAAAAGUGCUAGCUAGUAAAAAGAGAAAGGAAGCCCUUAAAGAAGCUACAGCUAAGCUAAGAGCGAAAGGGAAACCUGUUGACCAGCCACCACCUGAAUAAUUUAUGUGAAUCCCAAACUUUUUGAUGUUUUCGCAUUUCUCCCGUCGGAUAUAUGUUAAUCCACCUGAAUAAAGAGUGCAUAUUUAUAUUAACAACUCUAAUCUUCGUUUGUGAAGUAAGAUAUGAUUAAGGCCAUGUGGCCAUUCUAUUGAUUGUACUCUAUUCUACGAGUUCCAAGAGUCUAAUGCGAUUAGGGUUAUCGUAAAA